AAAAUCAGUUUGAUUACCAGACAGAGACCAAAAUGCAAAAAAAAUAAAAAAUGGUCACGACUUCUCCGCUCAUCUUCUUCUUCUUCUUCUUCGCCGCAACUCUCUCCGCCGUCGCCGCCGAUCACCACGAAGCCAGAUCACGUUUCAAACCUCCUCAUUUCUCUCCACUCUUCUUCUCUGCUCUUUCUCAAAACGUCACCAAAUCCCGUACUCGUUACUUCGAAGUUCAAAAACCUCCAGUACCAAAUCCAUCUCAAUCACCGUCGUGCUCGUAUCAUAUUCUCCACCAUGACUUUGGCUACACCUAUGCUAAACCACCGGUUCUCGCCAACUACACUCUUCCCUCACACUGCUCGUCGUCUCGAGAGUUCUCCAAAAUCGUCCUCGAAUUCAAAUCCACCAGCAAAGGAAGACAGUUCGAUCGUAUCUUCGGCAUUUGGCUCAACGGCGUUGAGAUUCUCCGUAGCUGCACCGCCGAGCCUAGACCAAACGGUAUCGUUUGGUCAGUUGAGAAAGAUGUCACCAAGUAUCACUCUAUCCUCGUCAAGAACGAGACUCAGAUCCUCGCCGUCUAUCUCGGUAAUCUUAUUGAUAAGACCUAUACUGGUGUUUACCAUGUCGAUGUCACUUUCCAUUUCUAUCAACUCGAAAAGAAUCUUCAAGAUUCUUCUUAUGGUUACAGCUCUCCUCAAGCUGAUAUGAUCUUGCCUGUUUCUAGAGACCUUCCGUUAAACGAUGGGUUGUGGUUUGAAAUCGUGAGUUCGAAUGAUUCCAAGUAUAAGGAGUUUGAGAUACCUAGGAAUGUGUAUAGAGCUGUUCUUGAGGUUUAUGUUUCUUUCCAUGAGAAUGAUGAGUUUUGGUAUGGUAAUCUUCCUAAUGACUUCGUUACUGCUAAUAAUCUUAGUGUUGCUGGUAAUGGACCUUUUAGAGAAGUUGUCGUUAGUCUUGACGGUGAUGUCGCUGGUGCUGUUUGGCCUUUCCCUGUUGUUUUCACUGGUGGGAUUAAUCCUUUGCUUUGGAGACCAAUUACUGCUAUUGGUUCUUUUGAUUUGCCGAGUUAUGAUGUUGAGAUUACGCCGUUUUUGGGAAGUUUGUUGGAUGGGAAGACUCAUAAGGUCGGGUUUAGUGUGACAAACGCUUUGAAUGUUUGGUAUAUAGAUGCGAAUUUGCAUCUUUGGUUGGAUCAGGAGAGGGAGAUAGUUGAAGGGAAAGUGUUGGAGUUCAGUAGAAGCUCUUUGAAGAUUACCUCUGUCUCAGACUUUAAAGGCAUGAAUGGGAACUUCACUACGAAAGCAAAGAGGUCGAUAACUUCUACCGUGUUGGUCAAAUCCUCUCAUGGGGAUAUCAUAACUAGUGCUAAUCAAGAAUUCAGCUAUGAAAACACGAUGGUUUUAGGUAAAGAUGCGGGUUUGCAGAUCAUAGAUCAGUUGAUCCUAGCUGAUGAUCGUGUUCACGCUAAGAGAAACUCGAGAGAGGUCUACUGCGCAAAAUCCAUCAAGAGGUUUCCUUUUUACCUCUACUCUGACUCUUUGGAGCAGCAGAAUGACACAUCUCUGGAGAUUUCGAAUGUCACGAUGGGAUUCAACGAGGAGAGAUCAGAGAGCGACAAAGGGUUGAUGAGAACAUUCAAGAGCAAGCUCGAAAACAAACAAGAUGGGCAAGGAGUUAUGGUGGUGAAGAAUAACUUAGUGGUCAAUGGAUAUGGAAGCACACAACAAGUGUAUAACUAUGUUGGAAGUGACCAAUGUUACUUCAGAAACAUCAGUAGCUCCAACUACACCAUUCUGUAUGACAAACGUGGUACUGUUUGCAAGAAGAAAACGCUGAAACUCCCGCCACGACUCGAGCAUCUGACGAGACAACAUCAUUUACUGGCUUGAUGUAGGACCAGAGACAAAGACCUCGCUCUUGCUGUGACUGUCAAUUGACAAUUGGAAAAAGAAACAUCACAAAUAAAAUAAUAAACUGUUCCUUCAUGUUUUUAGACGAUGUUUUGGUCAGAUCUGAUGUAUGUCAAGAAGGCUGACGGUGAGUAUAUAUGAACUGUGCGUUUCCUUUACUUCAAAAACACUCAGAGAAUUGAAUAAACGAUCAAUUUGAAGUGGUAUCAGAUUUAGGGGGUGUUAUUGAAUUGUAGAUUUUAAAAGAAGCUGAUAGAUUUAGAAAUCCAGUGUUAUUGAAUAGUGUAUUUUUAAAAAUCCAUUAAAAUCUAGGGUUAUUCAAUAUCCAUUAGAUUUUGUGUUAAUUUGGAUUUGAACGUACUUUGGUUCUCAGAUACAAAGAAACACAAUACUACACUUUUGUCAGGGAUUUCUUUUCUUUUUUCUUUCUCUCCCUCUCUUUUCUUUCUCUACUAGUGUUUGAUUUGGAAUUUGAGAGCGUGAUUCCCUUUGUUCCUUCACUUCUCAUGUUUCUGAUUGAAAAUCUCUGGAUUUGGUUUUGUAGUAUCUCGAUCGGAUUUGACUAUCUUCUCUUUGUUUCUUUUACUCAUCCAGUGAGAAGGAAUCGUCUUUCAUGUAUUCUUCUGUGUAAUCGACUGUCUUGUUUGGUUAGAAGCUCAAGGCUCCUAGGUUUAUAGGCAUGAUCUGUAACUUCAUCUCUGUUAGGGCUUAGGGCUUUAGAGUUAUUAACUUUUGAUUCUCAUGUUAUGGCACUGAUAAUCAUUCAAAGGAGGAUCAUCGUCGAGCAAAUCAUUAGAUGAAGGAAGUGCUUCUGGUUCAAGAAAGAACGGUUCAAAGCAUAGUAAGAAUCUGAAAGCAGAGGAAGCUUAUAAGAAUGGUGAAGGAGCAGUUCAAGUUGAGAGUGGGAGGAAAGUGAUGGUUGUUGUGGACACAACUUCACAAUCAGUGAGAAAUUCAUCUAGCCAAAGAUAAUUUUUUUUUUGCUUCUCACUAUUCCUUGCGCUGCAUGUUCAUCUUAAGUUAAGAGCUUUCAUUUCUCAAAGCAUAGGUUUUAUAGUUCACCUGUCUUUGUUUUCCAGUUUAUACUGCCUGAUCAUCUUCUUUGCUAAAAGAUAUCCUAUACUGAUAGAACAGCUUUCAUCUGAAUAAUUUUUAAGUUUCUUGGGAUGUUUGGUACUAAUGUUCACAGACUGAAAUGACAACUGCCGAAAGAGAACUUGAUCAAAAUACAAAUUUUGAUUGGAACCGUAUACAAGAGAGUGGAAAAGAAUUGGUACCAGUUUUUGGACCUGGAUAACCGGACGACUUGUCAAUCUUUGGAACAGUUGCUACUUGGCAGCUACGAUGCAAGUUGUUUUCUCUACCCCUUCAUUUAUUUCAAGAUACUUUUCACAUCAGUGCUUAUAAGAUGGCUUUUGAGAUGGCUCCUGCUGAUCCUGGCUUUGGACUGAAGAGGAUGAUGAAACUGCAAAACAACCAGAAAAGACAAGGCAAAGAUGUGAUGAUGUAAAUGGUAGUAAUGCAGAGAAGAAGACUAUGAGUGAUGAUAGAACAAAGGAAGCAGAGUGUUUGCUCCACAAAGAUAGAGAAAAACAUAGAUGCAUUGAAAAGCUUUGCAGUUUAGUUAAGAUGGAAGAAGAUAUUGAUGAAAGAUUGAGGCAGAGAAAGCUUGCAAUAAAGGAGAUAGGAGUAAAGCUGGAGGCCCGUAUGAUCAAGGUGGAGAAGAGUUUGGCCAAGAUUAGAAAAUGGAAAACCAGACCAAAAAUGCAGUUUCUGCCUAGCUAGUUAUGCCAUUUGAUCUGAAACUUUUCAGGAGUAUCCCCUAAGUGAGUCAUGGAUAUUAAAAAUUAAACAAUGUCCCUUACUCGCAGGCAAAUGACAAAACUUUAUGGUGCUAGUAUUAGAAAGAUAUAUCAAAUGUGGGGAAUCAAUACUUUUGCUUU